AUGUCGGACGACGAAGCGGAUCCCGAGCUCCUAGCUCUCCUUCGCAAAUCGCUCGGUCUCGGCGGAGGUGCAGCGAACCCUCGCGCGGCGGAAACAAAGGUCCUUGAGAACGCUGAAUACGUAUACAACAACGCUAUUGAUGUCGCCCUAAGCGCGGGCAAGACCAAAGAUGUCGCGGAGACCAUCUGGCACAUUAUGCAGAAGAAAGAGUACUCGACACACACCUGGUCGGAGCACGAAUUGCACCCCAAGUCCAAGGACGAGAGCACGGUUGAUUUUAUUUUCACGAUGGACCUAUUGAACUUUAGUUUCUGGUCGGAGGAGCGCGACGAGAAGAAGCAGUUUGCGAUCGAGUAUCGUGGGAGGAAGUGGACGGGAUAUUGGAGCUUGGUUGCGGCGUUGCAGAGGGCUUUGGAUGAGGGGAUUCCUAUCACGGAUCCGGAAUACUGGGUGAACGAGGAUGUGUGUACGGACGACGUAAUCAAGCAUGUGUUCCGGUCCGUGACGGAGGAGCAGAUUCCUUUGCUCCCGGAACGGAUUCAGUGCCUGCGCGAGGCCGGACGGGUGUUGUGUAAGGAUUUCGACGGCAGUUUUACGAAUUGCAUUUACAGCGCACAUUACUCUGCAGCAUCGCUUGUCAACUUACUCGCGGAAAGCUUCCCAUGCUUCCGGGAUGAGACGACCUUUCACGGCCGGAGGGUCCGGCUGUACAAACGAGCUCAGAUCCUUGUAGCCGACCUCUGGGCUUGCUUUAACGGCGAGAGCUACGGAGAGUUCCAGGACAUUGAGAAGGUCACCAUGUUCGCGGACUACCGCAUCCCCCAAAUCCUCUACCAAUUCGGCUGUCUGAUGUACUCACCACCAUUAGAAAGUCACAUCAAGGACCUCAAGCCCAUUCCCAGCGGCUCGAAUUGGGAAAUCGAACUCCGCGGCGUCAGCAUUUGGUGUGUGGAGCUCAUCAAGCGCGAAAUCGAAAAGCGACAUCCAGAAGUGAAAUCCGUCAAACUACACCCACCACCUUCGAAUGAAGAAGCAGACGCCCUCGAAGAUGCCAGGAAAUGCACGACGCAGAAACACUCAAAACACAAAAAGAGUGUGCACGAGCCACCGGUUUCCGGGAUCAAUGCGAUUCUGAUUGAUUUCUUCUUAUACGAUACUAUGAAAAAGGUUGAGAAGGAUGGGAGGGAGACUAUUCCUCAUCAUCGGACAAGGAGUAUCUGGUAUUGA